AUGGCGUACUCAGGGGAUGGUCCAGCGGCUCCUCGACGGGGAGGGCCAAGGGCAGGGAUGGGAAGCUCAGAAGCACCUCCCACUAGACAGCAGAGAGGCCUGAAGGACGCCUGGCGCGCUGAUUGCGCUAGAAAGCAGCCACAGCAACAGAGACAGCAGCAGCUGCAUCAACAGCACCAGGAACAGCAGCUGCUGCAGGCGCAGCAGAAUGUACCGCCGAAUCAGACAGAUGAUUCGUAUUCGCAGCAGAUUCAACCUCCGCUCGAUGGCUCUAUGCCACCACCAUCGGAAUAUACAAGGAAGAGUUAUCAAAUGGACGCUGCAGAUGUCGCUUCGAGGCAGCAGCAGGAGGAGAGUAGGCAUCAGCAGCACCUGCUGCAACAGCAUCAAGCCCAGCAGCAGCAGCUACUGCAGCAGCACCAUCUCCAGCAGCAGCAAGUUCUAGAUCCGUAUGGCAGCAGCGUUGCGGCCUACGAAGCGGCAUAUGCAGCCGCCGCUGCAGCAGCAGCACCUUCGCUCUAUGGGGGCAUGGCACCAGCGGCUGCUGCAACAGGCACAGCGCUGCAGCACUUGCAGCAACUACAACAAAUCGGAGUCGCUACUCAGCUGGCACCCCUUCAGCCCUAUUGCCUUAGUGAGAUGGGACCGCUUACGGGCCUCGACCAGCAGCAGCUUCAGCAGCAGCAGCAACUCCAACAGAUGCAGCAGCAGCAGCUACAGCAGCAGCAGCCGCUGCAGCACAUGCAGAUGCCAGUACUGUAUGCCAUGCAGCAGCCCACGGGGACCCCUCUGGAACUGCAACAACAACAGGCCUUGGUGCUUCAGCAGCAGUUGCAGCUACAGCAGUUGCAGCAGCACAUUCAGCAACAAGACCCCUACCUGCAGCAGCAGCCGUACGCGGCAUACACCCUAGCGCAGCAAGCCAAGCUGUCGGCUGCUUACGGCGUCCCUGCUGCAGCCUUGCUGCCACAAAUGCAGCAGCAGCUGCAGCAGCAGCAGCUGCUGCAAGCGCUGCAGCAGCAGCAACUUCAGUACCAGCAGAAGCUUUCGGAUCAAGGGAAGCAGACACCGCAACAGGACAUGCAGCAGCUCUUGCCGAGCGACCAGCAGCAGCAACACCAACAGCAGCCUCAAGCAGCAGGUGCAUGCGAAGUGCAGACGGAAGCCGCUUCAGGCGCAGAUGUAUCUGUAGCAGCAGCAGCAGAACAACACAAAAUACUCCAUGGAGAAUACGCAGAAUCGUCGGAUGUGCGAGAGCCACUUCAGCAGCACUACCACCCCCCGCAAGAAUCGCGCAGUCAAUCGGUGGAGAGCCCACAGCCAGAGGCGGCUCAGCAGCAGCGGGCAUUGCCUCCGCAGCAGUCGCAGCACAAGGGCCGCGACACUGUGAGAAAUCGCCAAGGCUUUCAAGGAUCAUCGCAAGCGGUGAGCAGUUGUCGGGGCAGAGGAGGCAAGAUCCACCGCAGCAAUGCACCGGACUGCGGUUCAGCAGCAGCAGCUGCGGUUCCUGCCACCGUAGCCUUAGCACCAGAUUCUAGCCAGUGUAGUACGGCUCUCCAGCAGCAGCACCACCAGCCUCCUCGCAGGCAGCAGAGCAGAGCGCUUCCCCAAGACUCCCGAGGGCCCCCUCCUGGGGGCCCCCUGCUGCAGCGACGCAGCAGUCAUACCGAGGGCGACCGACAGCAGCGGCGGCUGCCAGCAGCGGCCUCCGCAACUGCUGCUGCCUCACAGCAUCCGCCAAGGCACGAUCGUGGGGGAUCCUUGAGACAGUUCCCCUCAGACCAGCAUGCGCAGCAGCAGCGAGCACGCAGAGGGGGGCGGCAGCUGCAAAGCCGCUUUGGAAUGGGCAGUUCAGGGGAUGGUUACUGUGGAGGCCAUGCGGAGACGGUCAAGGUCCCCAGAAGUAGUGCCACCUCCUCGACAGGUCACGGCCGCCCGACGGCGGUUGUCUCUACGGGUACUUCAGCCCCCUUACCGCGGCAGCGAGACAUGCAGCAAGAGGAGGCCCUCGAUCGACGCAUCCAGGCCAUAAGUGCAAACAACAGAGAAGUGGAAAAGAGACACCGCAUUGCAGAGCAGGAGCGUCAGGCGGCACGCAGACUUGAAGAGGCAGCAGCAGCAGCAAGAGCUGCAGACGGUACUCCGCAGACCCCGUCUUCUCGGCUUGUCUCCGCUUCCAGUGGGGUGCAUCCCCGCGCUGGCAGCAGCAGCGGUAGCAAACACAGGGUGGAAGCAAAGGCAGCUGCUGUGGACGCUGUGGGACAUAAUCCUGCAGCAGACUCAGCGGCGUCGGCUGCCACUGCAUUUGCCGGUGGUUGGACUUCUAGGUCGCGCACUGGCCGCUGGACAGGGUUCAGUCAGGGAGUUCACGAGUCGAACAAGGCUAGAGCUACAAAUGGUGCCUCCAACGCCGCCGGGGGGCUUCCGAGAGAAGCGUCGGAUACUCAAGCAAACCGCCGGCAUCACCAACAUCGGCAGCAGCAACAUCCGCAACCUGGCCGGCCAGCAACUGCGGCACCCUCCAGUGCAGACUUCCCCCCUAAGGCAAAGGGCCGUACUACAAGGAGCAUUUCCAGCGUGGACCGUCAAAGCGGGAGCAGCACUGAAGCCGCAGAGUGCGGGAACAACCCUGCCUCGGGACUAGAGCGCCAAGACAAGAAGCACUUGGAGGCCGACCUCCAGCAGCCGCAGCAGCAGCAGCAGCCUCAGCACCACCAUAACCAAGUGACAGGCGGUAGGAAGCACUUCGAAGGGUCUGCUGCUGGUCCAGCAAGGGAGAGGCGAGCCAAACAGUCCGGCCAUAGGCGGCACGACCCAUCACAGCAUCAGCAGCAGUCGCACGGAGCCGAGGGCCCUCGUACUACAGCGGCCACGAGUGCUUGGAGGCCCCAAGGGGCGUCCAAAGCGUCCAGAGGACUCAGUCAGAUUCAUGGGGUAUCUGCGAUAACGCAUCAGUCGGACGGAGUCAUUGGAGCAUCUGGAGCAGACUUGCCUCUGGCUCCAAUGGAAUUAUCCGUCCCGCCAGUUUCUGCAGCAGCCGAUGAAGAGUAG